CCGUGUUCUGUUCUACUUUUCCCCACACGCAGUGCGUUUUCCCUACCAUAUCCAGACCAAUUCAAGAGUACACCAACCAUAAGUAUGGACGGACGAGGCUACAAUUCGGGCUUCUCCGGUUGGUGUGGCGGCGGUGGUGGUGGUGGUGGAGGAUCUUCAAACAGAGACAUGUAUGGCUAUAAGGACUCCAUGUCUGGUGGCGGUGGUGGUGGCUAUGGCGGCGGUGGUGGGGGCAUGAUGAAGAGGGGGCUGUCUGGCGGGUCGGGCCUCUCGUCCACGGGCACCACCGCCGACGCAGUCAUCGCCAAGAUCAACCAGCGGCUGGACAUGCUCACGCAGCUGGAGGGAGGCAUGAAGGGCGGUGGACGCAACGACAGGUUUGACCAAUACGAUUCCUUCGACUCUCGCUCCUCCUCCAUGGGCUCCCGCGAUCUGUACGGCAGAUCCGGUGGCUAUGGUGGUGGGUACGGGGGCGACGCCCGGGGCGGCGACCUGAUGGGCUCGCGGAGAGGUGGCAUGGGCUUAGGAGGCGGCAGUGGAGGCGGAGGAGGAGGAGGGUACGAUAGCCACUCGGCGUCCUCCUUCGGCAACAAAAUGCGCCAAGCGCAGCAGAUGCCUUCCGGUGGCCGUGACGCCUUCUCCGGCAGCUGGGGAGGAGGCGGAGGAGGAGGGGGUGUCGGUGGCCAGCGCUCCCCCAGACGAGGCUCUGGAGGCGGGGGAGGUGGCGGCCUAGGCCUGGGCCUCGGAGGCAUGAUGGGAGGCAUGGGAGGAGGAGGAGGAGGAGGCCGAGGCGGCUUCGGCCUCGGCCGGCGGCAGGACAACCCCGCCAUGAUGGGUGGAGGAGGAGGAGGGGGCUCUGGGCUCGGAGGGGGCCGCACUGGGGCCGGGGGCGGAGGCCAUCACGGCCACUCCCCCGGCGGACGAGGAGGCAAGCUGCCCUCGCUGCUGGGCCAGCGCAUGUACCCCGAGAGCGGGGGCGGUGGUGGCGGGGGCUUCCACGGCCCGCAGGACUUCUCCUCUCCUCGGCAGUUUGGAGGGGGCCCCAGGGGCAACCGCCAGCGGGGCCGCAAGAGACCCCUCAACCGACAGCAGCAGCAGCAGCAGCAGAUGAAGUCUCCUCGUGACCAGCAGCAGCAGCAGCAGCAGAAGAAGAGGAGGAAGAGCCAGAACGCUGCCGACGAACCCCAGUCUAAAGUGGGCAAGACCGAGGACAAGGACAACACAGAGGCUGCUAAAGUUAAGAGUGAGGGAGCAGAGGCCAGUGGAGAGAAAGACAAGGAGGAGACCAAGGACACUGCUGCUGCUGCUGGUGAUGCCAAGCCAGCAGCUGAUGGAGAGAAAGCAGGUGCUGGUGCGAAGGAUGGCAAGCGUGGUAAGCAGCAGCAGCAGCAACAGCAGCAGGGUGCUGGGGGUCAAGAGGACGGGCCCAAGUUCAACAAGCGCCGAGGCUUCAUGGAGAUUUCCGGAGUCAAGUUCAACGUCAACAGGAUGAUGUUUGCGUGCUCGGUGUGCAAGUUCCGCUCCUUCUACAGCGAGGACAUGGCGGCCCACCUGGAGAGCAAGUUCCACAAGGAGCACUUCAAGUUCAUCUCCAACCAGCUCUCCAAGCCCACCACAGACUUCCUACAGGAGUACCUGAACAACAAGUUCACCAAGACGCAGCAGCGGGUCAGCCAGAUAGAGAACUUCAACGGCGCCCUCUGCCAAGUGUUCAAGGAACAGGACCUCACCAGAGAGAUCGGUAUGGAGCACUUUAUGAAGAAGGUGGAGGCGGCCCACUGCGCUGCCUGUGACGUCUUCAUCCCCAUGCAGUUCCACCUCAUCAAGAAGCACCUGCGCUCGCCCGACCACAACUACAACUGCAAGGGUAUGAUGGAGAUGUCGAAGGGCCACAGCCUCUCUGUGGCGCGCAGCAUCCUCAACCACAAGGUCAUCGGCAAGAAGCUGGAGAGCUACCUUAAGGGCGAGAACCCCUUCACCGGUAACCUGGACGACCAGGACCCCGAGGAUUCCAUGGCCAUGGAUGUGUCGGCGGCGGAAGGAGAAGGAGAUGUGUCGGCAGCGGAAGGAGACGGAGAUGCCGAGAUGGAGGGAGAGGUCAGCGGACUGGGCACGUCCGAGGAGGCCAAAGAUGUGAAGGAGGAGCCAGACGAGGUGAAGAAGGAGGAUGGGGAGGAGGUGGCGGCGGCCAAGCCCGAGGGCAACGGUACCCAUGGCAAUGGUACCCAUGCCAACGGAGAGGAGGAGGAAGAGGAGGAGGGUAUUGCCGUGAUGGCUGCUCCGGAGGAAGAGGAGGAGGAGCAGCAGGAACAGCACGAGGCUGAGGAGGUGCAGGAGAAGGUGGCAGUGAAGGAGGAGGAGGAAGGUGCGAAUGGAGAGGAAGAACAGCCCCAACAACAGCAACAGCAGCAGCCGGAGGAAGAGGAGGCGGGAGCGGUGGUGGAGGAGGAGGAGGAGGAGGAGGAUGAGGAAGAUGCAGGGGUGGAGAUGGGGGAUGAAGACGAGGGGGGAGAUGAGCUGCUGGAGGACGAUCAGGGAGAGGAGGAGGAGGAAGAGGAGGCGGUGGAAGGGGAGGAGGAUGAGGGUGAGGAGGUGGCCGACGAGGAGGAAGAGGCGGAUGACGGCGGUGCAGACGUGGUCAUUAUCGAGUGACCUCGAGCCUGUCACCCUUUUGACCGUUUUAGUAUGGACUCUUACUGGGCGCCUCGCUCAGCCACCGCCAGAUUCUCUCUCUCACACACACACACACACACACACACACACACACACACACACACACACACACACACACACACACACACACACACACACACACACACACACACACACACACACACACCUACCUGACUGGCUGUCUGGCACUGGGGUGGAUAGAGGGCUGGACGUGUUGCCAUACUCUGACCAGAGGGGUAUACUAUAAGAAGCUGGUUCAGGAGUAAAACAGGUGAAGUUAAGAGGUAAAUCAUCUAACAGAAGACCUUGGAAGUUCUCCUUUUCUUAAGAAAAAGAGGACUCCAGGCUCUUGAUUUGAACCAGCUUCUUGGUAUAGUCCCCAGGGCUCAGGUAAAAAAAAUUGUCCAGCAGGGGGAAAAAAACAAUGUCUGAUCUCCAAACAGUUCUGUUGGGCGAACCCUCCUCUUCUUGGAAAGCCAUCAACUCUGAGGGUUUCUCUCCUCGUGUGUAUGUGUGUAUGACCCUUCUUCUGACCCCUUGUUCCCAUGCUGGUCCCAGGAUGAGGAAUCCACAAGGCUACCGACUCUGUUUCCAACUGCCUCCAUGUGUCCUGUUCUACUACGACACAGAGUACAGUACCAUUGACUUAACACCCGCCCCACCCUCCCUCCAUAGCCCAGCCAAUGGGCCAUCGCGGAGUCUCGUGACUCAGCCAAUCAGGAUGUGUACAGAAGUCAUUACCACUGCCCGGCCCACUCCCAUCUUUUGUAAAUAGGCUGACCUGUUCCGUGCCUUUGGGUGUGGAUUUGUGUGUGUCUGUGUGUGUGUACGCGUGUGUGUGUUGACCUCUGUUUCAUGGAGUGAUCUUUUCAUAGUGAGUCAGACUGAGUCGUGCUGAUGCAGGCUAAGGGAUAACCCAUCCCGGUGACAUUUCUACAUUGACACACACACGCAACAUAUUUUGUCGUUAUUUUUUAUUAAUGUGGUAUUUUUUCGGUCUUUCUUUAGCUGUUGUCUUUGAACUUAUUUUUUUUAAAUGUUUUUUUCCCCUUUUUAAUUCUUUAUUUUACUUUUUAACUUUCUCAAGUUUUUUUUUAGUCAGAUAUGAGUUGGCCUAUUCUUUGAGAGCUUGUGUUUGGUCAGGAUCUUUUCUUAUUUUUUAUUUUGCACCUUGAGAAAUAAAUGUUUAUUACUCAAUAAUA